AGAAUUCGGUCGACAGUGGAUGAAAAAGAACAGAAGCAGCUUCUGAUGGACCUUGAUGUAGUAAUGAGAAGCAGUGACUGCCCGUAUAUUGUUCAGUUUUAUGGCGCACUCUUCAGAGAGGGUGACUGUUGGAUCUGUAUGGAGCUCAUGUCUACCUCGUUUGAUAAGUUUUACAAAUAUGUAUAUAGUGUAUUAGAUGAUGUUAUUCCAGAAGAAAUCCUAGGCAAGAUCACUUUAGCUACUGUGAAAGCACUAAACCACUUAAAAGAAAACUUGAAAAUCAUUCACAGAGACAUCAAACCUUCCAAUAUACUUCUGGACAGAAAUGGAAAUAUUAAACUCUGUGACUUUGGCAUUAGCGGACAGCUUGUGGACUCCAUUGCCAAAACGCGGGAUGCAGGGUGCCGGCCAUACAUGGCG